GCCCUCUUCCAUAUUUCACUCUCCUCAUUUUACCCCUCACCAUCCGGAGCGCGGACGCGCUGCCCCUUUAAGGGCGAGUGGGCGGGCAGAGCCCGAUUGACAGGGCAGCCUCGGCCGCCUCUCCCAACAUGCAGAGAGCCUGAGCGACUUUAGUGGAGAGGAGCGGUAACUUCCAACUUCUCCUUGCCCCCCCUCUCCUCCCAGCGGCGGUGGGAGCCCGGUCGAGGGGCCGCUGGAGGAGGGACGAUGGCCGGAGCUCGCCCCGGGGUUCACGCACUGCAGUUGAAGCCAGUGACCGUUCACGAAACGCUGAAGAAAGGAAGCAAGUUUAUCAAGUGGGACGAGGACCCGCCAAAUAGGGCUCUGGUCACCCUCCGGGUGGAUCCGGAGGGCUUCUUCCUGUACUGGACCGGGCAGAACAAUGAGGUCGACCUGCUGGAUAUCUGCUACAUCCGGGACACACGGACUGGACGGUUUGCCAAAGUACCCAAGGACCCGAAGCUGCGGGAGCCGCUGGGAUUCGGGAAGCCGGAGGAGCGACCGGAGAGCAAGACGGUGACGGUGGUCCACGGGACCGACAUGGUGAACAUCAGCUUUCUCAACUUCAUCACCAUGCAGGAGGAGACAGCCAAGGUCUGGACUGAAGAGCUCUUCAAACUGGCCACCAACAUCCUCGCCCACAACGCCUCCCGGCAGACCUUCCUCCACAAAGUGUACGUCAAACUGAAACUUCAGGUGAACCAGGACGGGCACAUCCCCGUCAAGAACAUCAUCAAGCUGUUCUCUGUGGACAAGAAGCGGGCAGAGAGCGCGCUGGACUGUUGCGGCCUCAACUUCAGUCGGCACGAGUCCAUCAAACCCGAUGACUUCACCCCAGAGGUCUUCCACUUCUUCCUCAGUAAGAUGUGCCUGCGGCCGGACAUCGACAAGGUCUUCGCCGAACAGGGCGCCAAGGGGAAGCCGUACCUGACCCUGGAUCAGAUGGCGGACUUCAUCAACCUCCGGCAGCGGGACCCCCGCCUCAACGAAGUGCUGUACCCCCCACUCAAGGCCCAGCAGGUCCAGCAGCUGGUCACCAAGUACGAACCUAACAAGAACUUCGCCAACAAAGGACAGGUGUCGUUGGACGGAUUCUCGGGAUUCCUGUGCGGUGUUGAGAACGACAUCGUCGCCCCGGAGAAGCUGGACGUGAGUGACGAUAUGAACCAGCCCCUCCCUCACUACUUCAUCAACUCGUCCCACAACACCUACCUCACAGCGGGCCAGCUUGCGGGGAACUCCUCGGUGGAGAUGUACCGGCAGGUGCUCCUGACGGGCUGCCGCUGCGUCGAGCUGGACUGCUGGAAGGGGCGGCCCCCGGACGAGGAGCCCUUCAUCACCCACGGCUUCACCAUGACAACGGAGGUGCCCUUCAAGGAGGUGAUUGAAGCCAUCGCGGAGAGUGCCUUCAAGACAAGCCCUUACCCUCUGAUCCUGUCCUUCGAGAACCACGUUGACUCCUCCAAGCAGCAAGCCAAGAUGGCGGAGUACUGUCGGACGAUCUUUGGCGAGGCCCUGCUGAUCGACCCUUUGGAAAAAUAUCCACUGCAGCCCGGUGUGGUCCUCCCCUCGCCCCAGGAGCUGAAAGGUCGCAUCCUUAUCAAGAACAAGAAAAAGCACCAGGUGAAGGUGGGCGAGGGCAGUGUGAGGCACAGGCUGAUCCCACAGGCCUCCCAGGGCUACCUGGACGCAGGGAGCAUCGGUGAACUCACCUCCCCCAGUGCAGUGGAGGGGGGAGACGGGGGGCAGCCUCUGGCCAAUGGUGACUGCCAGUUACCCCGAGACCUGGAGGAGGUGGUGAAGGUUCCCAGAAAAUCGAUUGAUCGGGAAGCGGAGAGCGACUUUGACGAGGAGGAGGAGCAGGAUUUAAAGAAACAGUCCAGUUCGACGGAUGAGGGCACGGCGGGAAGCGAGGUCAAUGCCACGGAGGAGAUGUCGACCCUGGUCAAUUACGUGGAGCCGGUGAAGUUCAAGUCCUUCGAAGUGGCCAGCAAGAGGGACAAAUACUAUGAGAUGUCGUCGAUGGUGGAGACGAAAGGAUUGGAGCAGCUCACCAAAUCGCCGGUGGAGUUUGUGGAAUACAACAAGAAACAGCUGAGCCGUAUCUACCCCAAGGGCACCCGCGUCGACUCGUCCAACUACAUGCCCCAGGUCUUCUGGAGUACCGGCUGCCAGAUGGUGGCCCUCAACUUCCAGACCCUCGACCUGCCGAUGCAGCUGAACAUGGGGAUUUUCGAGUACAACGGGGGGAGCGGGUACAUCCUCAAGCCGGAGUUCAUGCGGAGGAUGGACAAGCACUUUGACCCCUUCACCGAGAACAUUGUGGACGGGAUCGUGGCCAACACCGUCUCCAUCAAGAUCAUCUCUGGCCAGUUCCUGUCGGACAAGAAGGUGGGGGUGUACGUGGAGGUCGACAUGUUCGGGCUGCCCAUCGACACCAAGCGCAAGUUCCGCACCAAGAUCGUCACCAGCUCGCUCAACACCGUCUGGGAGGAGGAGCACUUCGUCUUCCGCAAGGUCGUACUGCCAACACUCGCCUCGCUGCGAGUGGCCGUCUUCGAGGAAGGCAGCAAGUUCAUCGGCCACCGAGUCCUCCCAGUCUCAGCGAUCCGGCCCGGUUACCGAUACAUCUGUCUGCGGAACGAGGCGAACCAGCCCCUCCCACUGCCUGCGCUCUUUGUUUUUACGGAGGUGAAGGACUUCGUCCCAGACACACACGCAGAUUAUAUCAAGGCUCUGUAUAAUCCGAUCAAACACGUAAACCUGAUGGAACAGCGGUCCAAACAGCUGGUGUCGCUGACCGGUGACGAUGAGGCGUUGCGGCCGCUCAGUCCAGAAGCCCCCAACCCCGCGGAGGAGCUGAAGAACAAACCGGACGUGUGCAUUGCCACCCCGAUCUGCAGGGGCUCCCUCACUCCGUCCAUUGGCGAGACCAAGCCGAGCGGAGAACCAGGUAACUGCCGUGCGCAGGAAGAUCCGAUUCCCAGCAUUUUAUCAGAGGUAACGGUGAUGCCAGUGGAGCAGCUGAAAACGCACAAGGCCUACGUGAAGCUGCUGAAGAAACAGCAGAAGGAGCUGCAGCAGAUGCAGAGGCGGCACGUGAAGAACAUGGACGCCCUGCGGAGGGAGCACGCCCAGCAGCUCAGUGAGGUGGAGAACAACGCCGCACGCCGGCGCUCCCUCGUCACCCGCGCCAUCAAGCAGGGCAGCAAGACCACGUGAGUGUGCACACACCCUCCCCAACCUCCCAAUCCUUCCUUCCCCUCCCCAGCCUCCCAUUCCAAACCUCCCUCACUAAUCUCCCAUUCCAAACCUACCUCCCAAACCUCCUUCCAAAACCUCCAAUUCCAAACCUCCCUCCCCAAACUCCUAUUCCAAGCCUCCCUCCCCAACCUCUCAUUCCAAACCUCCCUCCCCAAUCUCCCAUUCCAAACCUCCCUCCCCAAUCCCCCAUUCCAAACCUCCCUCCCCAACCUCCUAUUCCAAACCUCCCUCCCCAACCUCUCAUUCCAAACCUCCCUCCCGUACCUCCCAUUCCAAACCUCCCUCCCCAACCUCCCAUUCCAAACCUCCCUCCCCAACCUCCCAUUCCAAACCUCCCUCCCGUACCUCUCAUUCCAAACCUCCCUCCCGUACCUCUCAUUCCAAACCUCCCUCCCCAACCUCUCAUUCUAAACCUCCCUCCCCAACCUCCCAUUCCAAACCUCCCUCCCCAACCUCCCAUUCCAAACCUCCCUCAGUAAUCUCCCAUUCCAAACCUACCUCCCAAACCUCCCUCCGAAACCUCCAAUUCCAAACCUCCCUCCCCAACCUCUCAUUCCAAACCUCCCUCCCCAAUCUCCCAUUCCAAACCUCCCUCCCCAACUUCUCAUUCCAAACCUCCCUCCCGUACCUCCCAUUCCAAACCUCCCUCCCCAACCUCCCAUUCCAAACCUCCCUCCCCAACCUCCCAUUCCAAACCUCCCUCCCGUACCUCCCAUUCCAAACCCACCUCCCCAACCUCUCAUUCCAAACCUACCUCCCCAACCUCCCAUUCCAAACCUCCCAUCCCCCACCUCCCAAUCCUUCCCUCCCUCCCCAACCUCCCAAUCCUUCCCUCCCUCCCCAACCUCUCAUUCCAAACCUCCCUCCCCAACCUCCCAUUCCAAACCUCCCUCACUAAUCUCUCAUUCCAAACCUACCUCCCAAACCUCCCUCCGAUACCUCCCUCUCCAACCUCCCAUUCCAAACCUCCCUCCCGUACCUCCCAUUCCAAACCUCCCUCCCCAACCUCCCAUUCCAAACCUCCCUCCCCAAUCUCCCAUUCCAAACCUACCUCCCAAACCUCCCUUCGAAACCUCCAAUUCCAAACCUCCCUCCGAAACCUCCCAUUCCAAACCUCCCUCCCCAACCUCCCAUUCCAAACCUCCCUCCCCAAUCUCCCAUUCCAAACCUCCCUCCCCAACCUCCCAAUCCUUCCUUCCCUCCCCAACCUCCCAUUCCAAACCUCCCUCACUAAUCUCCCAUUCCAAAACUACCUCCCAAACCUCCC